AUGGACGGACAAACCAUCCAACGCCUGUUUGGCGGGGGUCACGACAACUCCCACGAGCCGGAGCCACUGGUGAACAAGCGCAGCACGAUAUUAAGCUUGGUCAUCAGCUUCCAGGUCAUUUCCUGGUUAUUCGUUGGCUUCCGCUUGCACACGCGGGCUCGGGUGGUCAAGUCCUUAGGAUGGGAUGACUUUUUCGUUGUUUUAUCGUUGCUGAGCAUCACGACAGGUACGACUGGAGUUUGCGUGGCAACGAAAUUUGGAAUGGGGAAACACAUGUCCACCCUUUCCUCAGAACAAAUCCGAAACUACCUUCUCACCUUUUACGUCGCGAACGGUUCUUAUCAGAUGUCGACCGCCUUCAUCAAAAUUUCGCUUCUUUUUCAGUAUCUUCGCAUCUUUGAUACGCCCUGUUUCCUCCGAAAGGCCUGCAUUGCCACCAUCGUCUUCAUCGGUCUCUGGGCUACUCCUUACUCUAUCCUCGGCUGGAUCCCUUGUUACCCAAUUUACGCCUACUGGGACUGGCGCUUUUCCGCCACCCGCUGGGCUUACGGCUCUCUCGAUCCACACGUCUUCUUCGGCACCUACGCGAGCCAUGCUACAGUAAAUGUGUUUUUGGAUCUUGUGGUGCUUGCCAUACCGGUGCCACUGUACUUUAGACGCCACAUGCCGCUUAAAUCCAAGCUGGGAUUGCUUUUUCUGUUGACUAUUGGUCUCGUUGUAAAUGGCAUCUCGGUUGUUCGACUUGUGACCCUGAUACAGCACCGCGCGGCAACAUACCCUACCUUGGACUUCACCUGGUACGCGCCGAUCAGUAUUGUGCUCUCGUGCAUCGAGGUCGACCUCGCCAUGGUCGCUAGCAGCGUGCCCAUCUUCUGGCCCGUUUUACGCAGAUUCCGUGACGGCAUUUUCGUCACAAAGGAAAUCGAGGUUACGCGGGAGACAAGAAGGCUUGAUAGCAUUAUUCUCGAAGACGACAUGGAGCUGGAGCCGGAUAGGAGAUCGAGGGUGGGCAGCGAGGCGAGUUUACGACAGGACGCGGCAGCCACAGUACGAAGUGAGCGGUACGCGGACGAAUUUGUUCUCCAGCAGGUGGACCCUUUGAGCAAGAACAAGGCUGUAGUCACACAGGUCAAAGCCGGCGAUGAGGUGGAUUCAAAGUGGUGGCAAAAAGGAGGAUCAUAG